AUGUUGCCUUGAUUGUGUAUUUAAAGUACAGCAACAUAACCAGUCCCAUGGAUAAUCACAUACAGGUGUGUGCUUGAGUUGCAUGCGUGCAGGGCAUGGUGUGUGUAUGUGAGAGAGAGACCACAAAGUGGAUGGAUGAGUUUUCUCGUAAAGGCCAGCACAGAUGUUACUUGGGGUUUUUUUUUCUCCCCCUCAAACCGGUUGAGGUUUUCUCUAGAAAGUCGCAAAACAAGUUGUGUUUACAUACCCACUAAGGUACAACUGAUGAAAAACACCAGCCACGCUAUUUUAGUUAGUAGACACUGGCCCAUGCUAUAAACUUGUAAUUUCUGUUUGACAAAAGGAAGUAUCCAUGCCAUUCCUUUUCCCCUGCAACUUCUGAACUUGGCAUGCAGGAACAUUUUCGUUUGUUUUUGUUUUUUUAUAUAUCACUGAAAAUUAAGUAAAACUAUUAUACCUUAAAAAUUUUAAAUAUUCUCAUAGGUAUCACAAGGUAAUCUGUAUACACAAUAGCUUGUGCACAUUACUGUACAUAUGCACAUGGUUUUUCUCACUUCCUGCCCUAUAACACCUUUACCCAAACUGACGUUGACAAUGCUAUUUUAUAUUUAAUGUUCACAUAUGUGAUAAGUGGAAUUUAUUAAUGGCAAGGUCACCCCGCAGUUUAGCGUCUUUGGCCACGAAUUCAAACAGCAUGGCUAAUUAAGACAAACUUUAUUAUAUUCUCACCCAUGUUUACCUUUAGUGAGGAUGGACUCCCUCAACUGUUUGACACUAGGGAUCAUUUUUCGUAGCUCGGGCGCUAUUUGAGAACAAAAUUAAAAUGCAGGAAAGCCCAUAGGCAAAACGAGACUGCCCCUGAGGUCGAUAUUGAAACAUAUUUGGACGGCCCACAUGCCAAUCAAAAUUUCCUCGCAUCCUAUUGGUCCUCCCUCCGAUAUUAUCGUUCCAUCUUCUGCUCGUCUAGUCUGUUAGGCUUUCCGCUGUCCCCAUCCGCCAGUAUACAUAGAUCCCCUCCAAAUUGGUCCUCAGAUCCUUUUCUGUUUCGUUCGCAGCUACGAAAAGGUGACAUUUUGCGGUGUGUACGACCAACGCUGCAUCAAUACACAACAACGCUACUGAAGCGUGUUUGGCUCCAUUUUUUUUUUCCUUUUUAGAUGAAAUCGGACACCGCUGAUGUUAUAGCGUCAAUGUCCUCCCGCUGGCUGCGCUGCGGAGUGAUAUUCCAUUGGAACCGACAAUGUGGAGGGUGUUAAAAUGUCUACUUGGAAAAUGAAAUUGUUACAGUUUCUUUAACACUGAAGAAACCGAGUAACACAAGAGUUAUGGUUCGUGUGACACACGUGUCUUCAGCUUCGUGACAAAGACGACAGCGAGUCGAGGCGACAGAGGAGCGCUUCAUAUUGUCUUUCCUCUUCAUCAAGACCACAGUCCGGACCACGGGGGAAGGAUCCUAUCCCUAACUUUGUUUUUUUUUCCUCCUCUUUUUGUACUCCAGCCGCUAAUUUCUCCCUGUUGGAUGCCACAUUGUUAAAUUCAGAUGUUUGAGCUUCCAGUUUCAAAUGGCAAAAACCGGCCAACAACUCUCAACAGCCCUAAAUUUGGAGGUUCAGGUAUAGAUGAGAGGAAUGGGUCCAGUCCCUGGGGAACAGGGGAACAAAACAGUCCAUCUUUCAACCAGGGAAGGGGUUAUGGAGAAGAAGGCCUUUACAGUGAACAAGAGGCCAUGGCUUCUGCUCCCAUAUUUGAAUCAGGGAUCGUUGGGAAGGCAGAACGAGGACCAUACUCGUCACUUGGAAUGCAGCCGGGCUUCAUGACAAGUGAGAUACCCAUACCCAGUCCUGAUGCCCUCUCUCCAUCUGGCACGAAGCCAAACUCUCAGUUUUAUCCCUCCUAUACAGGGAGCAAUCCUCGCAGGAGACCCUCACAGGACCCCAUAGAAUCACAGCCAAAAAAGAUCAGGAAGGUGCCCCCUGGCCUGCCCUCCUCUGUUUAUACAUCAGCCUCAGGGGAGGAUUUUAACAGAGACAAUGCUUGCUACACAGGCUCCAAGACAGGAAACGUCUACCCACCACCAUUCUUCAUGCAAGAAGGCCUCCACCCGCCCUCCGACCCAUGGGGCUCUGCCGGGUCGAUGGUUCAGCCUGGUUAUUCUGCCAUGCUGGGCAACUCCCCCCAUCUGAGCCAGCAUGGUCCCUUUACUGCCAUCAACCCCCAAGACAGACUGAAACGGCAGCCACUGCCCCUCUCUCCUCAAAAUUACCCCCUGCAUGCCAGUGAAGUGAGCGGGGCUCAUCCUGCUGGCUUCCACUCUGGCUCCAGCAGCUUUGGAGUCCCCAGCCACACACCCCCCAUCGCUGGCAGCGAAACCAUUAUGGCAAAUCGGGGUGCGAUACCUGGAAGUUCAGGUGACGAGAUUGGAAAAGCUUUGGCAUCUAUCUAUCCUUCAGACCCAAACAGCAACGCUUUCCCUCCGUCCCCUUCAACUCCCUCUGGCUCUCCUCAGGCUUUAUCAGGCUCUGCAUCCCAGUGGACUCGAUCCUCUGGUCAGGCCACACCUUCACCUAACUUUGAUGCGGGAAUUCAGCCUAUGAGUAAAAUGGAGGACCACCUGGAUGAAGCCAUCAAUGUUCUUCAGCGUCACGCCAGCGGGCCAGGACUUGCUGAAAUGCAUAGCCUUCUCCAGUCGGGCUUAGGGUUACCGCCAGCCUUGUUGGUUACCGCUGGCAGUGCAGCCGGACUUGCCGGUCGCCUGCAGGGAAUGGUGUCUGGUCACCACGAGGACUCUGCUAGUCUGCCAUCUAGUGGGGGACUUUUGCAUGGGCACCAUGGCUCUGCAUCUGUGCCACCGGGCUCUCAGCAUGAAGGCUUUACAGGCCUACCUGGUAACAUAAAUCGCCCCACUGCUGCUAUCAAACAAGAGCUGAAGGAGGACGAUGAGAACUGCUCCAUGACAGACAAGUCGGAAGAUGAGAAAAAAGAAAUGAAGAACCGCUCUCGAACAAGCUGCAGCCUUGUCUCGGUGACCGAUGAGAACCUGACUGCUGAGGAGAAGGAGCAGAGGGAGCGUGAGCGCCGCCUUGCUAACAACGCUAGGGAGAGAGUGCGUGUUCGAGACAUAAACGAAGCCUUCAGAGAGCUGGGCAGGAUGUGUCAGGUCCACCUGCAGAGCGACAAGGCCCAGACCAAGCUGGUCAUCCUGCAACAGGCUGUCCAGGUCAUACUGGGUCUGGAGAAGCAGGUGCGAGAGCGUAAUUUGAACCCAAAGGCUGCCUGCCUCAAGAGGAGGGAGGAGGAGAAAGUGUCCUGUGUGGACCCCCAGAUGCAGCUUAGUGGGGGUCACCCAGCUGUAGGAGGAGAUGGACACAACUCUGUGAGCCAUAUGUAACUCUUAGUUCCUGUCGAUUGUACAGCCCUAAGAACAAGUGGCCUUAGUAUUUCAUAGUCAUGCAUCUCAGCGUGUUAAUCGACUGUUGGAAAACACACGCACACACCUCAUUACUGACAAAGCAGGUGGCCACAUUCCUGACGAUGAAUCCAAGAAUAACAAGCACACCGAUACAAAAAGCGAAGAAGAAAGAUUUAUUGAUCUCCACACAGAAACACGUUAAACCGAGGACACUGGUUUAAAGAGAGUGGAAACUGGACAUAAGGACAUUCUUAUGAUCAUCGUGGUUUUGUAAGACAUUUAAAAAAUUUCUUUAUGCUUUGGGAGCACAACUUGUUUGGAUCAAAUGAAGCGUUCGGAUCAAUUGCUCAUGUGAGUAAAGUUAGGAUUUGUAUUGGUGGAUAAUUAUCGGCAUUCCCAUCAGAAAAAAAGGAGGUCUUACAUUCUUCACAAGAAGAAAGGGUGGAUUUAUCUCUGUUUAAUUACACCAGAAGUGGGCUUUAUGCGUAGUGUUGAUGAAAAUAAUAAAUAUUCUCUUGACUGAAUUGCAGAGGCAGCUUACUCCUGCCAGUGGAAGCUGACUGCUCUUUUUGCCAUGCUGGUAAUCCAGGCUGUAUUUCCUGCAUUUAUUAAAGCGGCUGAGAAGGCGUCGCACACUCGCGCUGGGUUCAUUUUUGCUCUUUAAGCGUGGAUCCAACCUGAAAGUCCUGUACAUCUGUUACUGUCACUGCCAUGCAAGUGGAAUGGAAAGACUGGAAGAGACAAACACGUGACUCUGUGCAGAACCCACAGUGCUGUUGCAUCAAACAUGCACACCGACACGCCAACCCCCGUCCGCCCGUGAGGACUUGAGCAUCCUUCUCAGUUUCAGCCGCAUCAGCCUGCCAACAUCCAAUCAUAUAUAAAGACGCUGUUACAGCACGUAAACCUUACUUAACACAAGUCUCAGAGCAGUUUGUGUUGUGGUAUAUUACAUUUUGCUAGAAGACAGAAAUAACUGAGUAUUUAAAGGGAUCAUGAGUGUUACUGCCACCUUUUAGAGAAUUUAUUGCCACUGACUGACUUGUUUUGGUUGCUCAGUGUUUGGUGUUUUGUUUUUUUUCCCUCCCCUUCUGAGCAAUUGCAGAGCCUGUUAUAAGGAUCUUCCUUGUGUAGAACUGAUUUGUCAUUGUUUUUUUGUUUUUUUUACUCUGUAUGAUAGUUGUAAGAGUUUUGUUUGUAUCAUUUAAAAUGUUUUUGUUUGUUUAAAUUGUUUUGAGUGUAAGAUGACCCCGUUUAGAUUCCAGGAACAAAGUGAGGUGUUUUCUUUGGUGCCAGAUGUGGGGGGAUAAAAAAAAAAUAUCAGAAAUGGCUGCAACAUCACAUGUUGUGACUCUUAAUUUUUUAUUUAUUUCUUUUAACCCUGUUUGAACACAAACCUGUCAGGCCGUUUGUAGUUUGAUUGUUCUGCUGUUUGACAGUUUCUCUUAAAAUGAAAUUUAAUGGGGUUUUUAUUCUUUAGCUCACCCCCUUCUGCUUUCUCUAAUGUCAGACUCUUUUGAUGAGCCUGUUGAUUAGUUUCUUAGGAAGGUGCAAAAGGGGCGGUCUGCACAAUCUGCAACAAAAUUUGCUGUUUCAUAUUAACAUGAAGCAUAAAAAAAUCAAAAAGGGUGGCCUUGGUCAUUUUCCUGACUGUGGGAGUUUUGAUAUUGGUUUCUCACCAGUGCCUGAAUAUGUCUCUGUUACACGGUGGAUAAUGUUGCAUUUAAGGAUUUGUAGGUUAUACCUUUUUUCCCCCCUUAAAUAAUAGAGAUAUAUAAAAGCAUAUACACUUCAGCAAAACCGGUCAAUGUCUCAAACACCUAAAUGAAGAAUCACACUCUGUGACGUGCUUCUGUGUGUGUAUGUCUCAUGAGAUGUAAGAUGACUUAUCUGGUCUACAACUUUGAUGCUGAAAACUGUACUUCUUGCCUUUUGUGUUCAGAUUUUUACUUAUGAUUUUGUUCUGAAUUGGCAUGUGCAUUGAUACAUAUGUACAGCUGUAUGAUGUAUAUGUCCUUGUCAGCUUUAUCAUUGCAAGCUGAUACUGAUUUGUCAUUAUCCUUAUUUGUCAUUAUUUCACAAAGUUGGCCUGUGGAGAAGCCCCCAAAUAUCAUUUUCUUUGCCACUCACUCUGGUCUUUUCCCCUCCACAAUAAUGUGUGUGUGUGUGUUUGUGAUGUGGUUUAUUGCUACUGAACACUUUGAUUUCUUUACAUGAAAGAUGCAGUAACCCUGUAUCAAAACACAUGCA